AUGCUAGAGAAGACUAGCAUCCACCAUUUCAUGAUUCAUCACCUACCAAACAUUGGAAGAUCAAGAAAUCGCCCUCAGCACGAACCCUGCAAUCCACACUCCAAGCAAUUAUGCCCACAACUCCAGCUCGAUCAUUGGUGGCAGUAUACACCACACCCGUUGACUAACAUCUCGCGCAGGCCCAUUGUGCAACAUUCGGAGCAUGUCUAUUCCAACAUCCCCAACGUCUCGUACUCCGUCUUCGCGGAAACCCACACACUCGCCAACCCGCUCUCCCCAACAUUACUCAUCACUCACCCUUUGAAAGAAGCCUUGCUGUAUCAUGCUACCCGCCAACAAGCACAAGCACCAGGCCGUCGAACAGCCCGGCGCUCCGGACCCCGCGCGAUAAUCGAGAAUCCCCAUGGAGUUAUCAAGUUGCGAACGCGUGUACGACAUGCAUUUCGUGCGGGACAUGAACCUCCCAUGAACAACCCAAGAGAAUCAAGAAUGCGAAUCUUGCAAUCCCACGCUGAUUGGACAGGGCAAUCAAGCAUUCGCUAUUCCUUCUUCUUCUCUCGUCUUUGA